CGCGCAGCCGUCCCGGCAGGUCCCCGGGGUGAGCACCGGCCCGCGGAGGGAACCACGCAGGGCGCACGCUUGGCACCAUGAUCCAGACGCCCGCCUUCGACAAGCCCAAAGUGGAACUGCAUGUCCAUCUAGAUGGGGCCAUCAAGCCUGAAACCAUCUUAUACUAUGGCAGGAAGAGGGGGAUUGCCCUCCCGGCUGAGACCCCAGGGGAGCUGCAGGACAUCAUCGGCAUGGACAAGCCGCUCAGCCUCUCAGGCUUCCUGGCCAAGUUUGACUACUACAUGCCCGCCAUCGCGGGCUGCCGGGAGGCCAUUGAAAGGAUUGCCUAUGAAUUCGUCGAGAUGAAGGCCAAGGAGGAUGUGGUAUAUGUGGAGGUGCGCUACAGCCCACACCUGCUGGCCAACUCCAAAGUGGAACCGAUCCCCUGGAACCAGGCCGAAGGGGACCUCACCCCGGAUGAGGUGGUAGCUCUGGUGAGCCAGGGCCUGCAGAAGGGAGAGCAAGACUUUGGGGUGAAGGUGCGGUCCAUCCUGUGCUGCAUGCGCCACCAGCCCAACUGGUCCCUGGAGGUGGUGGAGAUGUGUAAGAAGUACCAGCACCAGACUGUGGUGGCCAUGGACCUGGCUGGAGAUGAGAACAUCAAAGGGAGCAGCCUCUUCCCAGGACACGUGAAGGCCUUCGAGGAGGCUGUGAGGAGUGGCAUUCACCGCACUGUCCAUGCAGGGGAGGUGGGCUCCGCCGAGGUGGUGAGAGAGGCUGUGGACACGCUCAAGACGGAGAGGCUGGGACAUGGCUACCACACGCUGGAGGACGAGACCCUUUACGCCAGGCUGCGGCGGGAAAACAUGCACUUCGAGGUUUGCCCCUGGUCCAGCUACCUCACAGGCGCCUGGAAGUGGGACACGGAGCACGCGGUGGUUCGGUUCAAACACGACCGGGCUAACUACUCACUCAACACAGAUGACCCACUCAUCUUCAAGUCCACCCUGGAAACGGAUUACCAGAUGACCAAACAGCACAUGGACUUUACCGAAGAGGAGUUCAAGAGACUGAACAUCAAUGCGGCGAAGUCCAGUUUCCUCCCGGAAGAUGAGAAGAAGCAGCUUCUUGAUCUGCUCUAUAACGCCUAUGGGAUGCCAUCUUUGGCCGCUGCAGGGCAGCAUCCCUGAAGACGUCAUGGCCACCUCUCCAAGCCCUCACCCUGUGGAUGGAGCCUCCCCAGCACUGUGGGGUUGAAUGACACUUACCUUUACUCCUUCGAGGAAGAUCGGCAUAGUCAGCUACUGCUGCUCUUGAAGCCCGUGUGCCUGUUUCUCCACACACGAAUACCUCGGCACGCCGCAUCUCUCCUCUGACUACGGGCCAGAGUCUGGUUGAAUCUGAAACCUUCCUCCUGUGGUGACUCAUGCUGAAAAUCUGGUGCUCAAUAAAGAAGCCAAUGGCUGGUACUAUGCAGC